AUGAUGUGCUGCCGAUCGGCUGGGGAGUUGGUGCGGAGUCGCUGCAAGUGGCUGGGGGAUGGCUGUGACUGCGAUGCUUCCCCAUCACGGACCCACAGAUUCACUCGUCUCAUCAAUGCACUGUUCCCCUCCUUCCCCCCCCCCCUUCCCCCUCCCAUAAUCACCUGCUUCUCCCACACCAACUCAUACACUCGCGCCACUACGGCACUUGUCUCCCGCAUCCCUCCUCCCCGCAUCCAUCUCAUCUACGCCUCUGCUCUCCUCCUUUUCCCCCUUUUAACCCCCAGCUCCGCAUGUUCUUCUCGUAUACCGCCUUCCGGCCCACAGGUUCGCACCCCCACGGGAUGGUGUCUCCAUCCCUCUCAUGAGCCGCUGCCGCUUGUCCUCCUCCCCUCCUGCUUUCCCAAACCCCCUCAGCUCUGCACCACGCCUACUUGUCCCCACGGAUCCCUGCCGCUAUUGUGGCUCUGCACUGCUCAGCUCACCCAGGCUCUGCCUGCACCUUCCCCGUCCCACCUCCCCCCCAACCCUUCCCUCCCACGUCUUCCUGCGCAGACUCGCCUCUGCACCUCCUCCCACACCAAGUUCCUGCUCCACCGACUCCCACGUCCACGGCACGAGCGCUCUCUUCACCCCUACAGCAGCCCGCUAGCGGCUGCUGAUGUGGCGGAGGUGCACGAGAGGCUGCAGGCAAAGAUGGCGAGGCUGCUGGGUGUCCCGUGGUUGGCGGGGUUUGAGGAGGGAUGUGCAAGAGAACCCUCGCUCAAGAGAACCCUCGCUUUGCGGGCCAUCCUGGUGCACAAGCAAGUUUUUCUUGAGUUGGCCGCCGUCUGCACCACUCUCUAUCCUUUCCCACACCACACCAUGCUUGAAUUCACUUCCUGA